AUGCAUACUGUGAAUCGCGUCGCGGCGCCAAUACUUCACGACUCCAUCAGUGCUUCGGGCAACACAGCCGCGCAUCAAAUACAUAAUGCCGAACCACCUACCGCUCCCGUGCAUGGGGUGAACGCGCUCAACCCCACAUGGAGCACCCCAUACGGGCAGCCAGUGGUGUUUGGGUCCCGGACGCCCACCUUUCACCCACAGCAACUGGUCAACGGGCUCCACCUAGCACCGCGGCCACAAAUACCGUUUGCGGCAGCGGCGGUCGCGUUACAAAAUCAACCGGGUAAUGCGGUCGCGUCCCCGUCCGUGCCCGGUAGCCAGCUCUUUGGGAUGCCCGUGCGUGGCUUCGUAGGGCCGCAGUACUCGAACGUGGGAUUCAGGUACGGGUACAUCGGCGUUCAACCAGACUCCAUGGUGCACGCACCCGCAUAUGUCGCGACGCCUCCUGUCGCGCCGUCAACACCAUUCUCCAGCGCGAUUCAUCCGGAAAGCCAGCCAGCGGUGCAAGACCCGCCAGACCCUAGUGAAGCAUUAGUUGUCGGUUUGGACACACGGGCGCGAACAGAGGGCACAUCAUCGAACGCGGUUGCUGGUGGUUUAGGGCGUGCGGUGAAUGGUGGAGCGGGGGUGAAUGCAAGCGCGCGUGCACAUUCGCCGCCAAUAUGGAACGUGAACUCACUGUUGCCCGGAAACCCCGACGUCCACAUCCGCACCCCCGCGCAUCCGACUGUAGCGUACGCGACUGGUGUAGGUGGGCAACCACAGGCGAACGCGGGGAACGCGGGGCGUGGAGCGGGUGCAAGCGGAAACGCGGUAAGGGGAAGAGGGACGGGUGCGAUAGGGAACGCGGGAGGAGGGACAGGGGAGAGAGGGAACGCGGCUAGAGGGAGAGGUGCGAGACGAAGGGGUGGGAGAGCGAUCGCGGGACGUGGGACAGGUGUGGGAUCGAACGAGUACAGUGCGAACGGGCAGGGAGCGCAUGGGGUGACAUAUAACGGCGGCAGGGGUAGCGAUGUUAACGCGAACGACGGGUCAGGUAACGGGGCAGUUAAUAGACCGCGUAUAAGGAGGCGGAGAGUCGAUGUAGUGCCGCACACGGCACGCAACGGAUCCCGGGAGGGGAGCGAGGGGACAAGCGAUGAGGAUGACGAGGACGAUGGUGACGAUGCGGAUGAUAGUUGGAAUGACGAUGACGAAAAGUACCUAUCGAACUCGCUGUCCGCGCUCAACGAGGAGGAGGCGGAAGAUAACGAACGGGUGCGGGGUACGCGGAGGGACAUUGAGGUCCUUAUCGCGGAUUGGAACAGGCUAGGUGUGGACGACACGCCGGCCGCGAAACGAGAGAUGUGCUACGGAAUCCUCUACGGUGUCUCUGAGGCCACGCUGAAGAAGUAUCGCGGUUGGGCCAACGAGUACAAGCGGUUCAUGGCUCACAAGCUGCCUAAACUGGACGCGGGUAGGUUUGGUGAUGAGGCCGCGCUGAGAAACGCGAACCCCGACGAGAUUGGGGCCGUGCUCGAACAGAACAUGGGUGGUGACUGGAAGAUGGCGGAGGGCGACGAGCAGUGGUUCCACUGCCCUAAGACGAAUCCGUGGCGCUUACACAAAUACGUGACCUUCCUCGCGAACGAGACACUCGCGCAGGCGGACAGGAUGGCCACACUCAAGAGGCCGCAGAAGACCUUGAAGAAGAGACGCCAGUGCACCCCGGCAAUGCUGAUGGGGCGUCUCAAGGCUUUGAACCUGCUCAUCAAGCUGGACGGGGCCAUCUUCAGGAAGCCCGUUCUGAACCUGCUGCGCGACUUUGCGGAGUGUCGCAUCUGGGUCCGCGUUCAAGUACCCGACCAAUACAAGCGGUUUAUCGCGACGGGCAAGACAAACAAUGACUUCUCGCUCAACUACAUAUCUGCUGUGAGGCACAUAGAUUGGACGCUGUGCGCGGUCGGAGCCACGCUGCUGUGGCUGCACUGGGUGUACGACUUGGUUCCCAUCCUCUAUGGGGACAUAGCCCCCCCUCUCGACUUCACGGAACCCUCCACGUGGUACGAUCAAUACCUGUUCUUCCCCCUUCGCGCGGGCAAUGAGAAGCAAAUACCGCCCACGACUCAUCACGACUGGGCGGCGAAAAUUCUCCAGGACGCGGGAAUCACAUGCUCGCGUGCGGUACACGCGACCAGGGCUGGGGGGGCGCAGCACGCGUCCGCGGACGGAAUGCCUUCGGAUCAGCUGGCGAGGCUGGGGGGUUGGCGCUUCAUUGACGUGAUGACUAAGCACUACCUCACAACCAUUCCAAGGGAGGCCGUGCUGCUGAAGGCGGGCUUCACCGGGGUUGACGGUGACUACUUCCUGGGUCGCGCAACUGUUCCGGUCAGCGAUAAGCUGGAUGAGCUACUAAGGAAGCACAUUUUCCCAUGGGCCGCCAUGGACAAAGGACAGCAACAGUGCAAGGAUUACAACCGCAGGAUGGUGAAAACGCAGAAGCCGGAGAAGCAGGACACCGCGGGGCUAAACAUACUGAAGGAGCUGGAUGGGGACGCUUGGAUGGCGGUCGCGCAAGACCUGGCGAUGUAUUACAUCCACCAGCCGCGACACCCGUACGUGGUCAACAACCCGCUCUGCCAGACGGAGGAAUUUGCGUCGUGGGCUGCAGAUGUCUCAUUGGCAAAUCAACUCGCCAUAGUACAGCACAACACACCUACACUGACCCAGUCCGCAGAGGUGAGUACCAGAAUGGACGCGCAGAACCAAGUGACCGUCCUCACUGAGUACUUGACUCGUUCACAAGCGGACAACACCAGACUGGGCCUAGAGUUGGUCGCGACUCAUAAACGGGUGAAAGAGCUGGAGGGGCUGCUGGAAGAUCGCGAUCGGAAACUGGCCGAGAAGGACGAGCGCGUGAAUGAUUUGGAGGCCCAGCUGUCGCGGCUCACCGUGAGCAGCUCAGGGCCGACCGCGGUUCCGAACCAGGCAACCACUCCUGGAGCCGCGGCCGCGUCGACCAAUGCCACAGCUCCCACCGAGCAGGGGACGCGGAAGAAACCCGCAGCGCCAACUAGGGAACAGACGAUUCGGGACGCGAUCGUCCUUCCAUGGGUCAACGCCACCAAACCGUCAGACGGAUGGAAGCUGCGUAAGACAAUGCACCCGCUGAUCCUCGAGAGUCCAGAGUCGCUUCUGGCCCAACCCCGCGGCGCAGUUACGCGAAUGGCCGCGCUCAUUUGGGAGGAGGGAGGCGGCCAGAACGCGAUAAACCGUGUUAAGCGAAUCAUGAACUUCAUCGCCCACAGGGUGGAGCAAGGAGACGACAUCGCGGUAGUGCUCGACAAGCUCGACCUCAUGUCAAGUGCUGUGGGCAUGUCGGGUGUAUCGGAAGGGAUCACGGUAAAGAAGAAGAGUGUUGACCUGGAACUGAGCCAGCUCAAGAAGGGUUCUCCGGUGGAGGUGCAGUUACGUGUGAAAUGGAUGCUUGUUCGCGACCGUCUCAUCAAUGCCUCUCUUCCCGCUUCUGAGUUCACGAUCGCGUGGCCCCAAUACUGUGCGCUGAUGCCAGACUUGCAGUAA